AUGGCUGAACCAGAGGACGUUGAGGAGGAUCUCUUCGCUGAUCUGUACGAUGCAGACGAAGCAACCCAUCAAACCGCUCCGACCGGUGGAGGUGCAACCGCACCCAACCCCAUACCCUCCGAGGCGCCUGUUCCAGCCUCUAGUACCUCGGCUAUCCAGUCCGUCGAAGGUUAUGGAAACGAGUCUGAAAACACAUUCGGUGCAUAUCAACCCCCUUCGUACGAAGGAAGCCACCACCACAAUGGCUCGGCGGGUCUCGAUACUGGCUCUUAUAACCAUGCAAGUGUACCAGAACCAGAACCCCAAGGAACUGGCAUUAAGGAAGAUGGGAAAAUGUUCAUUGGCGGUUUAAACUGGGAGACAACAGAUCAAUCAUUGAAGGAGUACUUCUCGCAGUUCGGAGAAGUACAAGAAUGUACUGUUAUGCGCGAUAGUGCUACAGGACGGUCGAGAGGGUUCGGGUUCUUGACAUUCAGAGACCCAAAAACAGUGAACACUGUGAUGGUCAAAGAGCACUACCUAGACGGAAAGAUCAUUGACCCCAAGCGCGCCAUCCCGCGUGAUGAGCAAGAGAAAACUAGCAAGAUUUUUGUUGGAGGCGUCAGUCAAGAGGCUACCGAGCAGGAUUUCAAACAGUUCUUUAUGCAAUUUGGUCGUGUGAUUGAUGCGACUUUGAUGAUCGAUAAGGAUACUGGCCGUCCUCGUGGGUUUGGCUUUGUGACGUUCGAUAGUGAGGCCGCCGUCGAAGCCGCCCUGUCACGUCCCCUGGAUAUCCUUGGUAAGCCCAUUGAAGUGAAAAAGGCUCAGCCGAGGGGCAAUCUACGCGGCGAAGAAGAUCGUGGCCGCCGUGGUAGAGACUUCAGGGACAAUAGCCAGGGUGGAGCCGACGGUUCUCAGCAACAGUCUGGUGGCCAAGGUCAAGCUGGUAUGCCCAAUGGCCUCACUCCACAAAUGAUGGCCCAGUAUUGGCAACGCAUGCAACAGUACUUUGCCCUGAUGCAGCAGCAAAUGGCGGUAGCAGCCGCUCAAGGUCAAAAUAUGGGCGGAAUGGCAAUGGGUGGGAUGAACCCUGCUCUGAUGCAACAGAUGCAGAUGAAGCAGAUGCAGCAAAUGCAGAUGGGCAACAACCAGCAGUCGCCAAGCAUGAGUCCUCCGGCGCAGAGCCCGACUCCUCAGAAUAUGCAGAACAUGAUGAAUCCUGCCAUGAUGCAGCAGAUGCAACAAAUGCAGAACCAGGGUCAGGGAGGCCAGAUGGGUCCUGGAUACAACGCGCAUGAGCAGAUAGCGUUUGAACAGCAAAAGUAUGAACAGCAGCAAGCUCGACGGGCAAUGGAGAAUCGAGGUUUCUCUCCGUAUCAACAGGGAGGCCCAACGUCGUGGGAAGGCAUGUACGACGAAGUACCUCAGCCGAACAUCCCCACAGGACCUCAAGCCAUGAACAGAUCUGGUAGCGUGGGACGUGGUCAGACACCCCAGCCACAAGGCGCCGCCCCUGCAAACGCCCCAACAGGGCCCAAGAACGCCGGGAAGCCUGGCGCAAACUACCGUGGAGGAGGGCGUGGAGGCCACCGCGGCUUUCAUCCAUAUGCGCGCGGCUAG